AUGAACAGAAACUCUCUCUCAGGCGACAUGUAUGGCAUCACCAGCACCAUGACCAACCUGCUCACACUCGACAUUUCCAGCAACCAGUUCACGGGGCGGCUGCCUGCGCCCCCAUCGUCCCGCCUGCAGUUCUACUACGCCCACCGCAACUACUUCACCCACGGCACUGUCGUUCCGCCCAAGAAUAACCUCACCUUCUUUUCAAACGUCUUUCAGAACUGUCUCCUCAAUGCUUCCAUGGUGGCUGGGGAAUAUGAGCGCCAGAGGAGUGCAGAGGAGUGUGCAGCGUUCUGUGGGGUUGCAGCUGGGGACACCAAGCCCCUGUGCAGCGGGCAUGGUGUGUGCUCCUUCAAUGCGUCUGUGCAGGAAUCGGCGUGCACGUGCGAUAGCAACUUUGACAACCAGGCGGGACCCCACUCCUGCGCCUACAGUGUCCUCCCUUCAACGGAGUCAUCACAAUCAACGCCAGUCUCCUUAACCGCAGCAGCAACACAGCUAUUCAACGGCACCCUCAUCCUCACGCCAUCAGCCCCCAACACAUCAGGAGCAGCCGUUCUGCAGACGCCCAUCCGCCUCUUCCAUUUCAUUGACAGCCCUGGCCCGUGCGGCACGCCCUUUGCCUUCAACGUUUCCCUCAGCUUUGCCAUGAAGGCUGUGACGCCAGGAGGUCCGGGCAUGGCGGGAGAAGGCCUGGCGUUUGUUGUGAGUGCGGUCGCACCGCAGGGGGCUGCUGCAGCAGGGGUGGGGCUGGGAGGGGUGGGGAAGCGGAGUGUGGCGGUGGAGUUUGACUCGGUGCUGAGUGUGAAGCACAGCGACCCCAACGACAACCACGUGGGCGUCAAUGUGGGCGGCUCACCUGUGUCCCUCGCCUCUGCCACGGCCCCUCUCAUCCUCAACGACGCCCACACCAAGCACGCCUGGAUCCACUACGACCCCACCAGCGGCGGCACUCUCCGAGUCUACCUCUCCUCCGACCCCCAGCAGCCCCCCACCCCCACCCUCCGAGCUCGCGUGUCGCUCUGCUCCAUUCUGCAGCCAACUGCUGUGGAGACCAACUUCUUUUUCAGCUUCGUAGCAUCAAAUACGGAAGCAGCCCAAGAAAACGUCAUCUUGAAGUGGGAAAUCGUGACAGGUUUACCACGACGGCCUACUCUCAAUGCUCAAGACCUGGCGUUGGGGUUUUUGUUGGACGAGGACUCCUUCUCAUCGCAGGGCUUCAACGCCGCCUUCCACUACACCAGUGCGGGAUUCGACCCCGCGCAGCACAACACCCCCUCCUGGGUUGUCAAGUCCUUCACCUCCUGGGUCUUGUCCGAGGCCAUGUGGCCUGUCAAGAACCAAAAGGGCUGCGCGGACUCAUGGGCGUACGCAGUGGUGGCAGCGGUGGAGGCAGCCCACAGGAUCGCAAGCAACUGGGCGCAGCCCCCCGUGCUGUCGGUGGAGCAUCUGCGCCUCGCCCUCUCCUCCAACUGCGACGGUGGCUCGCCCACCAAGGCGCUGCAGUUCCUCCUCAACGCCACCGCGCACGGCAAGGGGCUGCUGGAGGAGACUGUGUACUCCCAAGGGCUGCCCCUCAGGGGCAGAUCACUGGCGAGCACACCCAAGUACUAUGGCAUCCGCGGCAUCGAGCGCACGGGGUUCUACGGGUGGUUUGGGCUCAUGCUGGCAGUGCAGCGCCAGCCUGUCAUUGUGCACAUCGAGGCGUCCGCACCCUCCUUCCAAGACUACGAUGGGAGCGACAAAUACGCUGAUGAGGAGUGUUUCACGGAGCAUCUGAACCAUGCGGUGUUGGUAGUGGGCUAUCUGGUAUCUGGAGUCGACGCUGCUAAGCCCGACCUGCCGCCGCCCUUCUGGAUCAUCCGCAACUCAUGGGGCACAGGGUGGGGCGACCAGGGCCACAUGCGCAUGGACAUUCGCAGUGGAGAUGGCAUCUGCGGCAUCAACACUCUCCCGGGCCUCUUCCCUGUCGUCAGAAGCAGUGCGGAUCCAUGUGGGUCGCGGUCAUUCAAGGACUCCAUUAUGGGCGCCGCGUUCAACCCAUGUGGGCAGUACCCGUGCAGCAAGAAGGGCACCAGCAAUCGCUGCAAGUGCUCUGAUGGCUACUUCGCUCAAGCCAAGAACACCGAUGGAUCGUACACCUUGGACGUGUGUGGGUCCAGCAGUCACAACCCAUGUGUGGUGGGCACGUGUGUGAACGAUGGCAAGGGCAGCUACUCCUGUGUGUGUCCAUGGGGCUUCAUUCAAGGGACCAUGAUCGGUGGAGGCUUCUCCUGCACUCCUGGUCAGGCGCAAGGCAAGUACAGGGUGCUAGCUGACAACAUCCUGUGCUCGCACAUCACAGCUGUCUUCAGCCUCUCACUCGCAAGAUUUCUGUCGCUCAACAAGGUCAGCACCAUCACACAUCACCAAAACACACAGCAGGGAUGCCUACUCACCACUUCUCUCAUUCCACCUGCCACAACGUGCUAUGGCACACGAGCACUGCAGUUUAACUUGUCCGCGCCUGUUUCUCUCGCGUUGCCACACGUGCAGGGUGUGUCAUGUGCCAAACCCCUGCGCAUCAACACCGAGGUCUAUGUGAUCCCCAGCGUCCGUGACUGCAGUGUCUUCUACACCACCAACGCAGGCGACACGUGUGCAGGGGUGGGGCGGCAGGUGGAGCUGUGUGAGGCGGCGUUAUCGGAUGCGGAGUGUGAGGCGGCAUUUCAGGCGCUCAACCCCGCUCUCAACUGCUCCUCCCUGAGGCCCUCCCAGGCCGUGUGCAUCGAGAGGGACCCUGCCAAGGCCAACCGCAUUCCGGUGUGUGCGGAGUACCACCUGCCGUGGGCAAGCGACACGUGUGACAGCAUCAGGAACACGGCGGUCCCUCCGCUCAGCCCCAUGGAGCUGUACCGGCUCAACCCCGGCAUCAACUGCAACCAGCCCAUUCCAGCAAACAACUUUGAGUUCCAGUGGCCCCUUGAGCGGGAGGUACCGGUACGUUGCCUUGCUGAAUGGAACGUUCCUGUUUGGUUGUACGGGGCUGUGUUGCCAGUAUUGUUGUGGGUUGCAGCAUUCUGA